UCGACCAAGGAUCCUCGUAUUCGAAGAUUCACUCGUAUUUUUUAUUCGAAUCUCGAUCGUCGAACGCGCUCGAAGCGUUACUCGGUCAAAGAAAUUGUAGUGUUUGGUCAAGGAUCCCUAAUUGCGACGAUUCAUUCUUACAUAAACGAGGAAAGAAACAAAUGGAAGAAUAACAACGUCGUUUAACACUUCUGGAGUUUAUCGACGAAUUAAAAACCAGCUGAUUAGAUUGAAAACAAAUCGGUGGACCAUUUGGAGUCGAAACGAAGCGACAACCGAGGGGAUCGAGUCAUCGAGGAGCCUCAAAUUACCAACGAUUUGCGAUUGAAGAGGGAACUCGAUUGGAAAAUAUUCGCGAGAGGUGCACGCGAACGAUCGAUAUGCGACUCGAGAAACAAUCAACGCUAAUCGUGUCGAACACAGCGAAAAGGUGAUCAACGAUUACUCCUGGUCCCACGUAGACAGUUGUGGGAGGAAGGUCGAGGAUGAAGCUGAACGUGUUCGCUGCCUGUGUCGCGGCUCCGAUGAUAGCGUCGAUCGCCCUGAUCAACGUUAUCGACGCGAACCCGCCGUACUACGUAAAACCCAUCGAAGACGAGAACGAUUACGCUCGCGUCUUGGAGCUCUCGCUGUUGUUUUACGAGGCCCAGCGAUCGGGAAGGCUACCGAAGAGCAAUCGAAUACAUUGGAGGGGGGAUUCAGCGUUGGAAGAUCACGGUCUGAACGGCGAGGAUCUGACCGGAGGCUAUUACGAUGCUGGCGACUUCGUGAAGUUUGGCUUCACAAUGGCGGCGACUACGACUUUGUUGGCGUGGGGCGCGGUCAGCUGGCCGGAAGCCUACACUGCCGCUGGACAGCUGAAUGAAGUUCGCGAGGCCAUCAGAUGGGCCACGGAAUACUUCAUCAAGUGUCACGUCAGCGAGUACGUCUUCUACGGGCAGGUCGGUGAUUUCUCGCUGGAUCAUACCUUCUGGGGCAGACCGGAGGAACUGAACACCACCAGGCCCGCUUAUAAGAUCGAUCCUGAACACCCUGGCUCCGAUCUGGCGGGCGAAACGGCGGCCGCCCUCGCUGCUUCCAGUAUAGUUUUCCGCGACCAGGAUCCGGAGUACAGUGCUCGAUGUCUGAAGCACGCCAAAGAAUUGUACAGAUUCGCGAACAGAUAUCGGGGACUUUAUCACGAGGCGAUCCGGGGAGCUGCCCAAUACUACGAGAGCACCGAUUACGGCGACGAAUUGGCCUGGGCGGGUGCCUGGCUCUUCAAAGCCACCAACGACACGAUGUACCUCGAGGAUGCAGAGCAUCAUUAUCAACAUUUCCAUCUCAGAGAGAGACCUAAUGAAUUCUUCUACAACAAAAAGGUCGCCGGGGUUCAGGUACUGUUGGCACAACUGACUGGUCAGCAAGAGUAUCAGAACGCCGCGCGUGCCUUCUGCGACUUUUCCGUGCGCCAGCAGAAGCGCACCACGAAGGGGUUGCUCUACAUCGACAAAUUCGGCACCCUGUGCCACGCAGCGAACGUUGCGUUCGUUUGCAUGGAAGCAGCCGAUUCGCCUGGCAUCGGUGACCCCCAGGAAUAUCGUCAAUUUGCCGAGCAACAAAUUUACUAUAUGCUAGGGGGCGGCGGCAGGAGCUACGUGAUCGGAUGGGGACGAAAUCCGCCGAAACAGCCUCACCACGCGGCGUCCUCUUGCCCCGACAGGCCAGCAGCCUGUGGAUGGCCCGAAUUCGACAAAGACGCGCCAAACCCCCAAAUUCUAUACGGCGCUCUGGUCUCCGGGCCCGACGAGGCCGACGAGUUCCACGAUCAUCGUGAAGAUUACGUGUACACCGAAGUCACGCUGGACUAUAACGCCGGUUUCACGAGCGCGCUCGCCGGACUAUUGCAAUUACGGGUCAAAAGCACGACAUAACUCGUGACGAGCGUCUUGCAACAGUUACAACCGCGGAUCGACGGAUCCUUUUGUUCCCCGUCCACGAGUGCACGUGGGAGAUGGCGAAAUUCGAAUAUUAUCCUCGCUAUUCCGAUCGAAGAAUUUCUUCUUUUACCAGCGGAUAGGGCGCGAGCGAUACGCGUCGAUUUCUAUUGAAAAUUCGUGAUUUCGAGUGUGAAAGCGACGGAAACUCGACGUUGAUAAGCUUCAAGCAGCGAUCAGAUUAAUAGUCGACGGAGAACUGUAAACUCGAUGAAAUGUUUCUUCGAAAUUACGAUAUCGAUGAUUAUGAUAGUGUCAAUGUUUUGAGCUCUACAUAAUUGUAACAGAUUGGGGUUUUAUUUUAAUUAUAAACGAUGAGAUAUUAUUUAGCAAUUAAUGCAAUCCUUGCAUAAGGGCUGUAAUUGAAGGGAAUACGAAACUUUAUAUAUUUAUUCGUCGCGAGUAUAGACCGAGGCGAAGAAGAUGAUGGAGGCAUUAUUUAACAGAUCAGGUGUAAUAUAUAAUAGUUUUAGAGACUUCGCGAAAAUUGUGUUUGUAAAAUUUAUCUAACGAUCUUAUAUUUUCAUUUGAAUGACUAUAAGAAACCUACGUUCUUCGUUUUUCCACGUCUAUCCCCAAAGUUAUUCUAAUAUCCGACGAACAUGCGACGAGCUUAUUACGAUGUACACAAAUGUUGCUUCGAGGCGGAAAGUAACGUGAAGAUAGAGCAAACAAUUGUUCCUGUCGCGUGCGAGAUAAGCUUUCGAGUUGUCUUAUUGUUUGACCCCGUAUUAUUUAUAUGCUUACGUAUCCAUUAGAACGAUGUAACGUUUUAUACGCGAGGACUAAU